AUGAUGAGGAUGAUGCUCUCCAUCCUCCUCCUCCCUCUUGCCUCCAUGUCUCAGACUCUUCCUUGCGUCUCGACCAGACUGCGCCAGGCUCCUGUCCUGCGCGAUAUGCUCGGAGAAACGGGAUCGUGCACGCAUGGAUCUUUGUUGCUAUUGGAAGACUGGAACAAACGUCUUUCGCAUCCUUGGCUCCUGAAACUCAGAGGAGGAGGAGGAGGAGGGAAGGACAAGGCAACUCGUACCCCUGAGAGCAAAGGAGCAGCCGGACGUUCCAACAACCGAUCCCCGUCCAGUUCCCUCCAGUCAGAAAGUGCUUCUCUCAUCGAGUCCACGAGCGAGACUGAAGAGAGCUCGGGAGGAGACGAGGACAGCGACCAUGCUGCGGGCAUGGACGAGGAGCAACUUCGAUCCAAGAAGCAGAAGCUGGAAGAUGAGCUGAGAGAACUCGAGGACUGGGAGAAGCGUCUGAACGAACAGAAGGGGAGCGGCAAGGGAGGGCAAGGCGGAAAGAAAAAGGAGAAGCACAAGGGCAGCGCUCGGAAACGAGGGUCUGGCGAGGAAUCGUCCGACUCGGACGACAGAGAAUCUUCAGAAGUGUCUGACAGUGACCCGACCAGCGAAGAAAGAUCCAGCAGCGAGUCCAGUGAGAGGAACAGGAAGUCCCAGGGAAAAACGGGAAGGAAGCCAGCGAAACGGUCCAACGAUGACCGAUCGAGAACUUCAAGGGACACGCUGAGCAAGAAAUCAAGUGAUCGCAAGUCCAGUGAAAGGAAGGGAGACGACGAAAAGCGCAAACAUUCUGAGCUGCAUCAAUCAUCCAAGAAGAAGCGAAAUCAUCCAGGGGACUCUAGUGAAGGUUCUGACGAGUCUGAGUCGAUGUCAAGUGAGUUUGAUGGGAGCGAAAGCUCCAGCGCAAGUGCAAGGAGCCGCAACUUGAAAAGGUUAAGGACAAGUGGUGUCGAGGAAAACCAGCACCCAUCAGCAUCCAAGCGAAAUUCAACCAAGAAGAAGAGGCAAGAGGGGAAGAGAGGAAGGGGGUACCAUGAGGAUACCAGCGAGGAAACUGAUAGUGAUGUCGGUGAGAGAAAGAAAAGCACUUCCGGCCAUGGACGAGGAUCUGCUACGAGCUCAAGAAGGAACAAAGGGCUCUCAACAUCCAAAUCCCGCCCCAAACGUCAUGAGAGGGAAGAAAGUUCAGAGUUGAGCGAGGAGAGCAGGUCAAGUGAAGAAGAAUCGGGGUCAUCCAACGAUAGCAGCAACUCGGACGAAGAUGACAGCGAAUCAUCGGGGGAGACACGGCGGCAAUCCAAGAGGUCCAGAGAAUCCGGAAAGAAGUUGGCGGUGCGGAAGAGCAACGUCCAGUCUUCAUCAGAAGAACGAGGAGGUAGUGAAAGCGAGUCAGGAAGGAGCGAGAGCGAGUCUUUGAAAGAGAGGGAGAAUCGGGGAUCGAAGAGAAACCGCGGACAUUCGAAGAAGGAUGACAGCGCGUCAAAUGAUGACAGCAGCACGAGCUCAUCUAGGAUGCAGGAUGAUGAUGAUGAGGAGGACGAGGAGAGCCGGUCCAGGAGCGGGAGCAGCAGAUCGAGUGAAGAUGAGAGCGGGUCUAAGGAAGAUCGCAGCAGUUCAUCAUCAGCAUCGAGCCGGUCGGACAAGAACAGGAGCAGCUCAUCCGAAGACGAGGAGAGCAAGUCCAGGAGCGGGAGCAGCGGGUCAGGAAGCAACGAGUCGAAGGAGGAGACUGAUUCCAAGGACGACGAGGACGAGGACGAGGACGAGGAGGACGAGGAGGAGAGCCGGUCCAGGAGCGGGAGCAGCAGAUCGAGUGAAGAUGAGGGCGGGUCUAAGGAAGAUCGCAGCAGUUCAUCAUCAGCAUCGAGCCGGUCGGACAAGAACAGGAGCAGCUCAUCCGAAGACGAGGAGAGCCGGUCCAGGAGCGGGAGCAGCGGGUCAGGAAGCAACGAGUCGAAGGAGGAGACUGAUUCCAAGGACGACGAGGACGAGGACGAGGACGAGGACGAGGACGAGGACGAGGACGAGGAGGAGAGCCGGUCCAGGAGCGGGAGCAGCAGAUCGAGUGAAGAUGAGAGCGGAUCUAAGGAAGAUCGCAGCAGUUCAUCAUCAGCAUCGAGCCGGUCGGACAAGAACAGGAGCAGCUCAUCCGAAGACGAGGAGAGCCGGUCCAGGAGCGGGAGCAGCGGGUCAGGAAGCAACGAGUCGAAGGAGGAGACUGAUUCCAAGGACGACGAGGACGAGGACGAGGACGAGGAGGACGAGGCGGUCCAGGAGCGGGAGCAGCAGAUCGACAGUUCAUCAUCAGCAUCGAGCCGGUCGGACAAGAACAGGAGCAGCUCAUCCGAAGACGAGGAGAGCCGGUCCAGGAGCGGGAGCAGCGGGUCAGGAAGCAACGAGUCGAAGGAGGAGACUGAUUCCAAGGACGAGGACGAGGACGAGGACGAGGAGGACGAGGAGGAGAGCCGGUCCAGGAGCGGGAGCAGCAGGUCGAGUGAAGAUGAGGGCGGGUCUAAGGAAGAUCGCAGCAGUUCAUCAUCAGCAUCGAGCCGGUCGGACAAGAACAGGAGCAGCUCAUCCGAAGACGAGGAGAGCAAGUCCAGGAGCGGGAGCAGCGGGUCAGGAAGCAACGAGUCGAAGGAGGAGACUGAUUCCAAGGACGAGGACGAGGACGAGGACGAGGACGAGGACGAGGAGAAGGAGGAGGAUGGGGAAGAGAGCAGCAGCGAGUCGUCAAGCAAAUAA